UUUCGAAGCACCUGAAGGCAUUAUAUUUAUGUGUUUUUCUUUUUGCGGUGGUGUUGGAUAAACGAGGAAUAACACGGACAUGUUGCUAGUUUAAACGAUGCUAACCUUUCCGACGUAYCGCAGUUUGACACCGCAGUGUGUCUCACUUGUGUGUGUCCUCGGUUUGCCGUGUUUCAACGAUGUACGCUGCGAUUUCGGCAUCCCGCAGGCAGCACUUUUUUACGACCCGAAGAGAGGAGGAGUGGAGCGGAGAGAUCGAGAAUAACGGAGCGGAGCCGACAAGCGGGUCGACCGUUGUUGGACUGGUGAUAAAUCCUCGGCCGAAAUGUCCUUCACCAUGGAAGAUAAUUUGGAGUCGGGAUGGGUAGCAGUUCGGCCGAACGCGUUUGAGGAAAAGGAAAAACAUAAGUUUGUUUUUAUCGUGGCCUGGAAUGAAGUUGAGGGUAAAUUUGCAGUUACGUGUCACGACAGGACGGUCCAGAGGAGAAGCUUCGGCAGAGACCCUCCGGCCGAGCUGACGACGAGCCUGGRUGAGGACGGAGACAAAACAAAAUGGCCCGAAAGUCCGGUCAGGGAUAAUAAAGUAUCCCGGAGCCCAGGCAAAGCAGGAUGCAGCCCGAAAACCAAGUCCGCAUCAAAACUAAGUCCUGUCAAAACGCAGACAGCAUUUAAACCCGUCCACCCUGCAGAGACCGAGCUGGUUUCAGGUGAGGACCAGCCGUUCCCUUCUCUGGACUCCCUGGACCUGCAGGAGCUGGACAGCCUGAGCAGGGAGGACUGCAGCUGGGCCGGGCUCUUCUCCUUUCAGGACCUCCGGGCGGUCCACCAGCAGCUGUGCUCGGUCAACUCGGCCCUGGAGCCCUUCCUGCCGGUGUUUCCGGAGGAACCGGCCGGCGUGUGGACAGUUCUGUUCGGCCCGGCGGAAGUGUCCGAGACGGAGAUGGACGAGCUGUGCCACGACCUGCAGGUGUACCUCGGUCACGCGCUCGACACCUGCGGGUGGAAGAUCCUGUCCCAGGUUCUGUUCACGGAGAACGAAGACCCGGAUGAGUACUACGAGAGCCUGAGCGAACUCAGGCAGUCCGGCUACGAAGAGGCGAUGAACCGGGCAACGAAACACCUGCAGCAGCUGCUGGAGAAGCACCGAUCCACUGACUGCAUGGUGGAGCUGCUGGAGCUGUAUGAAGAAGAGGACCAGGCUUAUGGUGRUCUGCUGGAGGCCUCCACACAGCUGUACCAGUACCUGCUGCAGCCCUUCAGAGACAUGAGGGAAUUAGCCAUGCUGCGCAGACAGCAGAUAAAGAUCUCUUUGGACAAUGACUACUUGGGCCCGAGGCGGAUUGAAGCCCUAAAAAAGGAAGACUCUGACUGGCAGAAGAAAGCCCAAGAAGCAGUCCUAAACAUCCAGCAGUUUACUGUUAAAUACUUUGAGACGACUGCCAGAGCCCAGAAAGGGGUGUACGAGCGWAUGAAAGUGGACCAGCGAAAGUUUGGGAAAUCUUCUUGGACAGCAGCCGUGGAGCGCAUGGAGAGGCUGCGCUACUCUGUGGCCAAAGAAACCCUGCAGCUGCAGAGAGCCAGGGAGAUCUGCCUGGAGCAGAGGAAACACACACUUCGAGACGAGAUGCAGAGUCUGUGCAGCAGCGAGGAUGCGAUGGCCCUCUUGGAUCACAUGGAGACACAGUACUACGAGCUGCAGCUCCAGCUGUAUGACAUACAAGCUGAGAUACUUCAGUGUGAGGAGUUACUCCUCACUGCACAACUAGACAGCAUUCGCAGGCAGAUGACAGAGCAUCAGGAUGAGGUGGUGUACUAUGACACCUUUGAAAGUGCAGACGAUAUAAUGGAGGACGACACCGCGGGGAAAGAGGAGCUGCGCAGACUUCAGGCCAGCGCUCGACAGCUUGAAGCAAGAAGGGGCCGCAUCAAUGCCAAGCGCUCCUAUCUGUGGAACAAAAGGGAAAUCUGUGUGACCAAUCACACUCAGAAACAGCAGCGACGUCAAGGUAUCCAUAAGGACUCUCUGUCCCACCUUGUCUUACAGCUGAAAAAUGAAGAUGAGGAGGAUGAGGAGCUGAAGAACAGCAGAGUAAGUCAGGAGAGGCAGAGAACGCUCAACAGGCUGCGCACUUUCAAGCAGCGACACCCGGGUCAGGUGAUUCUGAAGUCCACGCGGCUCCGCUCGUCUCACGCCAGAAGAMGAGARAGCGUCCGGAGCGCGGAGGAGUGCRUGGACUCUGUGGGCGUUCAGACCCAGAACCAGCCGCUGUGUCUAAGCACCAGCAUGCAGACGGACCCCAGCCCCACCCUCACCACUCAGCCCGUGGCCACACUCGCAGCGGCGGCUCCUCCCCUGCCCGUGGCCAGUCCAGCCGACUCCUCCUGCUCCCCCUGCUCCCUGUCCUCACUGCUGACGUCCCCCAUCUCCCCUCCUCCGCCGCCGCCGCCCCCACCGCCUCCACCGCCAACUAAGGAGGAGCUGUCGCCCUGUGGGAGCGCCGGCCAAAAGGCUGAGGGGACGAGUGCGGAAGAGUUCCUGUUCACACCGCUCGGCCCGUUCAUCCCUCGCUUUUUCGACAGCAGCCAGCUGGUGAGCGCUCGGAAAAAGCUGAGGAAGACUCCGGAGUACGACUCCCACAGCAGAAGAGUGAGCUCACCCAUGGACGAGGUGCUCGCCUCCCUGAAGAGAGGAAGCUUCCACCUGCGGAAGGUGGACCAGCGGUCCCUGCCCUCCACCAAGGACGACGACGACGACCCCAACAGCAUUCUGGCUCAAAUCCGCAAGGGGGUCAAACUUCGACGGGUCCCUCGUAAGGACAGCAGAGACCAGAAGGAGCUUCCCGCCUCCACCGACCCGCUAACCAGGAGCAUCCACGAGGCGCUGCGCCGCAUCAAGGAGGCCUCGCCAGACUCGGACUCAGAUGAUGACGGGCUGGCAGGCCCRGACUGGGAAAGCUAGAGGCGCAUCAGAUAAACGACAGCACGUUGUGACACUACACGGAUUGUUCUGCGCUGUACUGUAAACACACAAACGUUCACUCAUCGAAACACAGUCGCACACGCAACUGGUUCUUAACCCAAAAYCAGACCUGACUGAUCACCUCCGUGUUUAAACGUUUUUCACACUACAUCCAUCAACAUGAAGGACGUGGGUUUUGUUUUUUAAUGUACAUCACUGGGGUUUUGUUUCUGUAAUCAGAAUGUACUGAUGCCAUGUUUAGUUUUUAGUUUUUGUUAUCAGUUGUACUGUAAAAAGUCUGCACCUCACCACAACACUGCACUGACACGYAGUGGAACUGACGUCUGGGCUGAGAGGCGUGUGAAUGUUGUUACUCCAUCGAGAGUCUGCAGCAGAAAAUAUGCCACUGGUAUGAUUGGUAAUCUGGGGUUUUAUGGUAGAUUUAGAAAUGAACAGAAGAUUAUGCAGAGAAUCAGACUGGGAUUACUGGAUUUACUGUCCAGAUUGUAGACCAUCAAACGUCGCCUCAUUUCCUUAUCGGCUCUUUCACAAGACACCCCAAGGACAUGGAUGCCUUCUGGUGGCCUGGGUUUGAUUUCUGAGUGAACCGAGGUAGCGGGGUGGGGGUUGAAGUCAGCCCACCCUGGACGGGCCGAGAAGAAGUGAGGUAGUAACAGCCAAGAUGGUUGAUGUGGAAAAGUAAGCUGGUUCUGCAGAUCUGUGCUGAUGUGAUGACAUAUAGUCCAUAUCGACCACCUGGUCUCAGGAUUAAUCAGCAACAGAUUUAUUACUGAGGGAAUAUCUCUGAUGACACUCAACAGUUAACCACUAAAAGAAUCGCUAAACUGAGUUGAUUCAUCAUGUUUAAAAAAACAUGUCUGUCACAGAUUUAAUGCUUUAUGSUCCACGUCAGUACACCUGAGUUCUGCUCCAUGCCUCUUUUGGUUCCACGACGCUUGCUUUGUCUCUGACAGCUCAUGUCUGCGCAGGACGUGUCCGGCUCUGUUAAUGAUUUAUGAACUGCCAGAGACUGACCAGUCUAUGCUGUCAUUUCACAGAACUGUUUAGUGAAAUAGCCUUUUCAUUCAUCUUAAAGCCCCUUUUUCAUGG